CCCGACGGCCAGUCCCUGGCGAGGAGCAGCGACCAGAAGCGGCUCAGUGAGACGAAGGCCUCUUCUGUCCCUAGUUGGCGCCGGGUGCACCUCCGCCCGCGCUUCCAGGCGCGCCCAUAAUCUACGUAGGAGGCGACAGGACCCCCCCCCCCCGCGGACCCCGCCUCAAGGCGCCACAGGAACGGGGACCACAGACGCCUCCAGGCCCUGGCGGCAGCGACUCUCCUGCUAAGUAGGGCUGCUGUGGCCGUGGAGUGCGGCGCUUCGCUGCAAUGACACUCCCAAUGAAGCUGACGCCGCACCAGCCAGCUAUCUAGCCAGUAUUCUGUGGGUCUGUGCACCUCUGCGCUACACAGGACAAGGAACUGCGGGUUGGCUCACGGCCCACGACUCUCUUGGCCGCGUGACACAGUGCAGUCCCACGAGCUCAGCAGAGGUGCGGUGCGGACCCACGCACUCGCAGUCCAGCCGAUGAAGCAUUGGUAUUUGGUCCUGGAAGCCAGCAAGCUGGAAAUAACUGCUCAGCCCUUUCCUGUGCCUUGGUGGCCCAUCCCCUGCAGUGACCAUGGAGACACCCAACAGCUGCCCGACUGCUUCCUUCUCAGACUUUGUGCUCAAUGGUCGCCAGGAUCAGGGCUCCCCAGACCCCCCUGAGAUAGAAGGCCCAACCAAGCAGAGCGGGCAGGAUAUCCUAGCAGAGCCUGAGCAGUUUAAUCUGAGAGACUUGACUCUCAGGGAAGAGAGUGGAUACAACAAGAAGAAAACUAAAGUCAAUAAGAUCUGGAAUUUUGUGAGCCGUAAAAAGGGGUCUCCCAGCCAGAGGAAAAGACCCCAAUCUAUGGUUUUAUCUGGAGACAUCUUUGGUCCAUUCGAGGGCAAAUCCAAAGUCACUUUCAAAGAUAGAAUGAAGUCAUUCAGGAUGACGAAGAGUUCCAUGGGGGCCUCCAAGAAAAUUGACUUUAAGUAUGACAGGCCGGUGGAGACCCAGGAGGCCCCAGGUAUCUACUGGAUGAGGAAGGUUGAAGAUGCUCCAAAAUCUUUCCGUCAUUCCUAUGCAGGCCACACUGAAGACCUGGAGCCUUUCUUAGAGAAUGUUCAGAAGUUCAUACAAACCCCCAAGAGGGUCAACCAGAAGGUGUUGGUGGCUGAUGACUUUGGCAUCCAAGUGGAGGAAGAGUCUUGUGAGGAAGAAGCUCCAGGGAAUGUAAAGGGUGACAAGAGAGCUAAAAAGCUCCUGAAAAAUAUGUUCCCCAGGGCUGGUGAGGCUCUUCCAACAUGGUCUGAACACACCAAAAUUCAAGAGCCCCAGAGCACUCUAGGGGACUCAACCCUAAAAGAACUCCUGGAAAGCAGCUGUGAAGAGUACCCAGGACAUCAGCGCCGAGACAAGGGUGCUCCAUUUGGUGGUGUUGUCAAAUUCUUCACCAAUAUGGCUGAAGUGGCCCGCAAAUGGCGGGCAGUCUCCCAUGAAGAGUCUGUAAAAUUUAGUCACCGCCACCGUGAAGUCUACUUCAGAGGUUGCAGUAAUGACUCCACCCUGGAGGAUGCUACCUCUCGGGCCUCCUUUAACCUACCCUACAGGACCAGUAAGGUGACAUUUUGGAGCCGUGCUGAGGGAAAACAUGGCCGUUACCAUUGGAAGGCCUCACAGGCCUCCUGUAAAUUUGAGAUGAGUAUUGAAGGGGAAGAGGCACCACACCAGGUUGUAGAAGAUUCUGACAAUGCUGCCACUUCCACUGUGACUUUGGCUGGCUUUGAGUUUAAAGAUAACCCUGUACAGAAGAAAGGCUGUAAUCCCUCCAACUGCCCCACCAAAGAAUACUCGUCUUCAGAGAUUGAUGAAGACACUGAGACUGUAGUCAGCUUCCUCAAGGAGGAUGAAAGUACUAGAGAAUCCCCUGAGUUGAGUACGUGCACCACAAAAGUCACUACUGAAGUUGUUUUGGAGGAGUUGGAGGAAAAGUUCAGUGCACUGAAGAAGGAAGAGGAUGGCAGAGGAUCAGAGGAGUCUGACCAGGGCAAGCAACCAAAGAAGCUGGAGCUGGAAAGGGGUGCAGUUGAUACAGAUGGCAUAGCCAACCAGGCCUGUGCUGUUGUCUGCGGUGCUCAGGCCUUCUUGCCCUCAGAUGAAUCAUCAUCAAGGACUCCACAAUUCAAAAUCCUCUUGGAAAAAUGCCAUUCUGUGCCCAUCUCACCAAAUGUCCCUGUGGAGGUUGUCUGGAAGAAACCCAUAAGGCUUCAUACUGCUAACUUGGAUCAGGUACUCAAGAAGCGAGAAAGCCGCAAGUAUGUUGGUGGAUAUCGGAAGCCUAAAGGCAUAAAACUAGUUGCUCAUAAGCUGAUCACUGGAGAUUCCAUCGUUAGUGCUGAGGCAGUAUGGGAUCACGUCACCAUGGCCAACCGGGAGUUGGCAUUUAAGGCUGGCGACGUCAUCAAAGUCUUGGAUGCUUCCAACAAGGAUUGGUGGUGGGGCCAGAUCGACGAUGAGGAGGGAUGGUUUCCUGCCAGCUUUGUGAGGCUCUGGGUGAACCAGGAGGAUGGGGUGGAGGAAGGGCCCAGUGAUGUGCAAAAUGGGCAUCUGGACCCAAAUUCAGACUGCCUCUGUCUGGGCCGGCCACUACAGAACCGGGACCAGAUGCGUGCCAAUGUCAUCAAUGAAAUCAUGAGCACUGAGCGUCACUACAUCAAGCACCUCAAGGACAUCUGCGAGGGCUACCUGAAGCAAUGCCGAAAGAGGCGGGACAUGUUCAGUGAUGAGCAGCUGAAGAUAAUCUUUGGGAACAUUGAAGACAUCUACAGAUUUCAGAUGGGCUUUGUGAGAGACCUGGAGAAGCAGUACAACAAUGAUGAUCCCCACCUCAGUGAGAUAGGACCCUGCUUCCUAGAACACCAAGAUGGAUUCUGGAUAUAUUCUGAGUAUUGCAACAACCACCUGGACGCCUGUAUGGAACUCUCCAAGCUGAUGAAGGACAGCCGCUACCAGCACUUCUUUGAGGCCUGUCGCCUCUUGCAGCAGAUGAUUGACAUUGCUAUUGAUGGUUUCCUUUUGACUCCAGUGCAGAAGAUAUGCAAAUAUCCCUUACAGUUGGCUGAGCUCCUUAAGUAUACUGCCCAAGAUCACAGUGAUUACAGAUAUGUGGCGGCUGCUUUGGCUGUAAUGAGAAAUGUGACUCAGCAGAUCAACGAACGCAAGCGACGUCUGGAGAAUAUUGACAAGAUUGCCCAAUGGCAGGCUUCUGUCCUAGACUGGGAGGGUGAUGACAUCCUAGACAGGAGCUCGGAACUGAUCUACACUGGAGAGAUGGCUUGGAUUUACCAGCCCUAUGGCCGCAACCAACAGCGAGUUUUCUUCCUGUUUGACCACCAGAUGGUCCUCUGCAAGAAGGACUUAAUCCGGAGAGACAUCCUAUAUUACAAAGGUCGCAUUGACAUGGAUAAAUAUGAGGUCAUUGACAUUGAAGAUGGCAGAGAUGAUGACUUUAAUGUCAGCAUGAAGAAUGCUUUCAAGCUUCACAACAAGGAGACAGAAGAGGUACAUCUGUUCUUUGCCAAGAAGCUGGAAGAGAAAAUACGUUGGCUCAGGGCUUUCAGAGAGGAGAGGAAAAUGGUACAGGAAGAUGAAAAAAUUGGCUUUGAGAUUUCCGAAAACCAGAAGAGGCAAGCUGCCAUGACUGUGAGAAAAGUCCCUAAACAAAAAGGUGUCAACUCUGCCCGCUCAGUUCCUCCUUCCUACCCACCACCACAGGACCCAUUGAACCAAGGCCAGUACCUGGUCCCAGAUGGAAUGGCUCAGUCGCAAGUCUUUGAGUUCAACGAACCCAAGCGCAGCCAGUCACCAUUCUGGCAAAACUUCAGCAGGUUAACCCCCUUCAAAAAAUAAUAACUACAGGGAGGCAGAUAAUUUUAAAAUAAAGAAAAUAAAAUUAUAUUUAUAGAUGGACCUUUUUUCGGAGAAGCACUGUUGAGAAUUUAUAUAUGUGUGUAUGUGUAUAUAGAAUCAUAUGUACACAUACAUAGACCCUUGAGUAUACAUAUACAUACAUGUGGGGGGCAUGUGUGCCCACACAUACACAUACAUGGACACGCAUAUACGCUCACACACACAUACACACACAUGCAUACACAUGCAUACAUAUACAGAGAAGGACCAAAAACGCUUUCUGUUGUUUUGGGGAAGUGAAACCUGUAGUUGGUAGGAAGAGGUACCAAUGAUUUUCAAGUAUGUGAUCUCUUCUUAAAGGAUUUUCAUUUAAUUCCCUGUUUUCCUCCCCUUUCUUUCCGAAAUUGACAUUUCUAUUUGUUCCUUUCCUUGUUAAGAUAAUCUUUUCUCUCCUCUGUGAGUGAUUCAUUGACUUGUCAUUAUUACCAUAGAUGUAUUUAUACUGGGCUGUUUUUUCAUUCCUGAUGAUACAGAUGCUGAUGAUUUUUUUUUAAUUUAAUUUGAUGUGGUGGGUUUGGGAUUUCCUUCCUUCCUUCUUUCACUUUUCAUGAGUAAGAGGAAGACCUCAUCUCCUCUUCCUCAUCCAACCAUUUGCAAAUGUUCCUGUAGCUCUGCAGUGGUUCCAAACAGCCUUUUCCCAACAUCCUCUGUCCACAAUUGUACCAGUCUGGACAUGCUCUGUUGUGCCCUGUAACAUAACUGCUUGGUAUUUUUACUGCUUUCACUGUCUUUUAGAUGUAAUGGAAAGGUAUAGAACCAAACAGAAGAUAGGGAGUGUCUGAGUAUGUGAUGCUACAGAAAGCUUCUGUUCAGGGACUAUUCUUCUUUUGGCCUAUUUCUUCUGGCAUUGGUGAUUCUCAUGUUGCAGCACCGCUGAGUCAUUGCAGUUUUGCAUCUUGGGGGCUAGUUGGAUCCAGUUACUUUCCUUUUCAAUCCCCCUCUUGUUAUGAUUCUCCUUUUAGGCUUAUCUCUUCCCUAGCCCAAAGAUAAUUUUAACUGGAAACAACAUGAUUUGAGACUCUGCCUCCUGGAGGAGGGAUUUAGCUCCACUCCACUCCCUCCCAGUAUCAAGUAGGUAUAAAAUGGGGCUCUCUACAGCAGUACUUUCAGUCUUCUGGUCAUCCUGUUCUCAUUUGCAGAUUUUUAAGGCAGCAUUGAUAGGAGUCUGUGGUGGGUUUCAAGACAGAACCUACCUGACCAAGAUCAUCAGCUGCCUUCUAAUUAUUAACCUGGACCCAGUCCAAGGCUGAUAGUAACAUCUUACAGGGGAAAAGACAGAGACAGGCAUGGAAAGAGACAGUCUUGAUCCAAGAUAAUAGUCCUACAAUUUCUACCACCCCAAUUUUGUAAGGCUUCCCCUAUUGUUAGCAGGUUGCAUGGACAAUCUUCCCUGGUUCCACCUAUUUCUUUUCCUUUGUCUUCCUUUUUUGAACUGCCCCUGUGGCACUGAGGAUUGUGGAGGUUGGCACAGUUAUGAUAGUUUUGGCACUCAAAGGCCUUGUUCCUAACAUCCUUCUCAGUGUCUAACAUUGGAGGCAAAAUGAGGGUCCCAGGGCCACUUUUUCCUCUGGACAAAGAGUCUGAGGCAGAAAUGCUAGUCGGAUCAUUUUUAGCAGGUUUUUCACUUGGCUAGAACUAACUUUUCCCAUGAAGAAGCAGGAUCCCUAUGGGCGCAGGAAUACCUCUUCCUCCUCCCGACAUUAUGGCCCUCUGCAUGGGCAGACCUUGAGCCGUAAUGAUAAUAAGAUAGAAAGGAGAAGCUAUGAGCCCUGAUAGGGAAAGCCACUCUAGCCAGGAAUCUAGGUAUUCUGUCACUCUGUCCUGGACCUCAUAGGAAAAGACUUUUUCAGCUUACCAAGCAGCAGCUGUGGCUGCAUGGUGGCUUAGGUACUGUUUUAUGCCUCUUGACACAGACUGGGAAAGCUUUCCCCUGUGGGAAUUGAAUUCAUAGCUAUUAAAGCUUCCAUUCUACUACUGCCAAGUCAGAUUUGUAGAGUUAUUAAAGGAAAGAUGAGCCUGAGCUGAGCAGAGGGCCAGAGCUCGGGACUGGCUACCACUGCUCAGCACAAGACAUACCUUACUUAUGUUUCUGUGGCAAGAAACUUGCUGCCCAACAUCCAGGCUAAAGUAUCCUCUUUGGGAAAUAGAAUUUCAGUUGCUAUGCAGGUUUCCCUUUAGUGUACCUCUUCCUACUUUUCACUCCUCCUCAUUGGGCUUGGCUUGUCCUUGGCAUGCUUCUCCAAGGAUUGUGGGCAUACCGGUAGAGGUUGCUUUAACAAGUCCCUGGACCUCUAGCAUCUCUUGCUUGGCCAGGCCCUCUCAUCCCAUUCCCCUCUCUGGGGCCUGUAUCCAGAGCUCCAGGAUCAGGGAUAUUACCUUUCAUCUCCCACCCCCUUCUCUACCCACUGGCCUUAACAGAUGCCAGUAAUUUUGAAAACACCACAAAUUAACUCUACAUUGAUUGGAAUGCCUCCCCCUGCCUAUAGCUCAAAGCAAACCAGUGGCUAAUAGCCCAAAGGGGAGCCCAUUAACUACCUGGGCUCAGUAUCUAAACCUAUUGUAUUCCCACAGCAAUGCUACUCCCAAAGAACUCUAAUUCUCCUCUGUUUCUGCAUGGCCCUGAGCUCCCCUUUCUUCAACUCAAUGAGGCCUGGAUUUGCUCUUCAAAAGGCUUUGCUAGUUUGUUCUGAGUCUUGCCGUGGGGAAGUCCUAAUGCAGAAAUAAAAUUCUUUUCUCUUCUCUUAUCCUACCUGUGUAUAUUUUUAAUGGCUCUCUUAAGGACAGCAACAAGAGCGUUCUAACAAUUCUAGUAUGAAGCCAAAUAGUGAUAUUUUAGUGCUUUGGGGGUGGGGUGGGCUGGGGUGGAUAGAUGGGCAACAGUGAUUUUGAUUACCCCUUGCUGCUCUGCAUUUGCCAGUUUAUUCUUUUGUUUCUACUAUCUGACUGUUUGACCCUGUCAAACAAGUGUCAAAGUUGUGUGUUUAAAAAAAUGUUUAACAACAAAAAAAGAUGUUGUAAUGACACAAAGCCUUAUGAAAAUAUUUAUGGAGUUCAAUAAAAGAAGUAAAAAGACACUUUCAGGCCAUUUUGUUGUGCGUAUGUUUAUGUGUGAGUGUGAGUGUGUGUGUUGCCAAUUGCAAAUAAAGGAAAUAUAAAUGAUGUGAGGCAGCUCACACCAACCAUCUUGA